AUGUUUGGUCAUAAAAAGGAGCCGGAUACCAGCUUCACUCAGGGUUUUGCCCAAUACGUCAGCUCGGAUGAGGCCACAGCGAUGGGCCUUGCAAGCAUUGUAGACAAUAAAGCGCACAUCGGUGUCGACACAAACAAUACAUACGACCUGGGAAGCACCGGAAGAAAGAGUGUCCGCCUGCAAAGCUAUGGAACCUUCGAUCAAGGCCUCCUCGUAGCAGAUCUUGCCCAUGUGCCGGUAGCAGGCUGUGGGCAAUGGCCGGCUUUCUGGGUCUACCGCGGCGAGCAAGCCGAAGGCUACUCCGAGAUCGACAUCCUUGAGAACGUGGACAAAUCGACCGCCAACACGCACUCUUUCUACACGUCGGAGGAGUGUAGUGUAAAUUUCGAUGUUGGCAACCCGUUGAAGACCGAUAACUGCCACUACAAUCCACAGGGAGAAGGCCUACAGGGAUGCAGCUUCGGAGCCGAAGAGGGAACCUUCAACCAGGCGUUCAACGAACAAUACCAGGUGAUCGCACUGCAGGUGGAGACCGAUACUAUGAGGAUAUGGCACUUUAGAAAGGAUGAGAUCCCGGCUGAUCUGAAUGCUGGCACUCCGGACCCAUCCACUUGGAAGACGCCGACUGUCGCGCUUUCGCCUAAGAGCUGCGACUUCCAGAAGGCGUUCAGCCAGUUCAAGAUUAUCAUCAACAUUACCUUCUGUGGCAGCUGGGCUGGGGGAGCUGACAGCUGGAACGAGCAGUGUGCUGCUGAGACUGGCACCGAUUGCAACAGCUGGGUUGCGAACAACCCCGACGACUUCAAGGACACCUUCUUUGAGUUCAACUCCGUGAAGCUGUACCAGCGUACCGCUUAG